AUGAUACAAUUUUGGAUGAUAUUACAUAUAUACAUAUUGUACUCAUAUAUUUUGUCAAUAUUUAUAUUUUUUAAUUUUAUUUUAUCAAAAAUGGGCCAAAAACAAUCAUAUCAACUUGAUUCACCAAAUAGAAAAGAAAUUGCCCAAAAGGCUGACUUACCAGAUUUUCCAUUAAAAGAAGAACCAAAAAAUUCACCUGUAAGAUUAACAAUAUCAAAGAAAAGUUUAGAAAAAGAAAAUCUUGAUGUUGAUAUUGAUAUCAAACCAAUAAAGAAUGAUACAAAUAAUGAAAAACAUGAAGAAAUAAGUCUUUGUAGUGAGGAUGAAGACAAUACUACUAAAAUAUCAGAUAAUAUAACUACAAUUUAUGAUGAUGAAAAAGUUGAAAAAGAUAAAAUAAAAGAUCAAAAUGAUAAUGAAAUUAUAAAGUUAAAUAAAGUUCCAUCAUUAGAACAAGUACCAUUUAUUCCUGAACCACUUGAACCAUCAAAUAAUCCUCCAACUUUAUCUACACCAAAAAACCAAGUAAUAAUGGCAAUUUAA